CUAGGGAGGGGCUCUGUCCGCCGCCAGCCUGCGCUUACUGCGCUUGCGCGGUCCGAGGGCGGUGGCUCGGGUUCCUGGUAGACGCUGUCCGCCCCUCCGCACCCGUGGUGUGGACGCAGAACUCAGCGGAGAAAGGGGGCUGAGAAGUAAAAAUGGAGGGGAAAAUGACGCGUUGAACGCGGCAGCUAUGCGGCAGAUCCUCAGAGAACCAUGGCAACGUCAGGUGACUGCUCCAGGAGUGAAUCACGGGAGGGAGAGGGUCUCAUGGAGUGCGGCGGCCAGGAGCAUCUCCAGGAAGGCGUGCACCCGGAAGAGUUUGUGGCCAUCGCAGACUAUUCUGCCACUGACCAGACGCAGCUCAGCUUUUUAAGAGGAGAAAAAAUUCUCAUCCUGAGACAGACGACGGCGGACUGGUGGUGGGGCGAGCGCGCGGGCUGCUGCGGGUACAUACCUGCGAACCACCUCGGGAAACACGUGGAGGAGUGUGACCCGGAGGACACGUGGCAGGACGAGGAGUACUUCGGCAGCUACGGAACCCUGAAACUUCACUUGGAGAUGCUGGCAGACCAGCCUCGAACAACUAAGUACCACAAUGUUAUCCUGCAGAAUAAAGAAUCCCUGAAAGAUAAAGUGAUCCUGGAUGUUGGCUGUGGGACUGGGAUCAUCAGCCUCUUCUGUGCACAUCACGCGCGGCCCAAGGCAGUGUACGCGGUGGAGGCCAGUGAGAUGGCCCAGCACACGGGGCAGCUGGUCAUGCAGAACGGCUUUGCCGACAUCAUCACCGUGUUCCAGCAGAAGGUGGAGGAUGUGGUGUUGCCGGAGAAGGUGGACGUGCUGGUGUCCGAGUGGAUGGGGACCUGCCUGCUGUUCGAGUUCAUGAUUGAGUCGAUCCUGUACGCCCGGGAUGUGUGGCUGAAGGAGGACGGGAUCAUCUGGCCGACCACGGCCGCGCUGCACCUGGUCCCCUGCAGCGCCGACAGAGACUACCGCAGCAAGGUCCUCUUCUGGGACAACGCCUACGAGUUCAACCUCAGCGCGCUCAAAUCGUUAGCGAUUAAGGAAUUUUUUUCGAAGCCCAAGUAUAACCACAUCUUGAAACCGGAAGACUGUCUCUCUGAACCGUGUACCAUCUUACAGUUGGACAUGAGAACUGUGCAGAUUGCAGACCUGGAGACAAUGAAAGGCGAGCUGCACUUCGAGAUCAGGAAAGCCGGCACUCUACAUGGAUUCACAGCCUGGUUCAGUGUUCGCUUUCAGAGCCUGGAGGAGGACGAGCCACAGCUGAUGCUGAGCACGGGCCCGUUCCACCCCACCACCCACUGGAAGCAGGUGCUGUUCAUGAUGGACGAGCCCGUUUCUGUCCUCAUGGGAGAUGUGGUCACUGGCUCAGUUGUGCUGCAGAGAAACCCCGUGUGGAGGAGGCACAUGUCCGUGGCACUGAGCUGGUCCGUCACUUCCACACAAGACCCCACAUCGCAGAAAGUUGGAGAAAAAGUCUUUCCCAUCUGGAGAUGACAGUUGACGUCCUGUGGGAAGCAGCGUGCAGAUAGUGCAGGAAUGAGCCCGAGCGGAGGAAGACGCCCUUGGACGUGAGCACACGUUCCUGUGAAAGCCGUGAACGCUCUCGGCCGGGCAGGGGUGCCCCCCGGAGCUGGGGCUCGGUCCCCGUCGGGCUCCUCCACAGACAGCUGUGCUCGGGCUUGGCAGGAGCUCCCUCACCACUGUCCCUGCCUGUGUCUGUCCUGUAGAAGUAGGCUGUGUUUCCAGGUGUCCGCCAGUGGUGUCCACAGUGCUGCCUUGUGGGUAAGUUGGUGGCACAGUGUCCCUAAGCUAGGUUUAGUUCUCAACCUGUAGGACACACACAUCGACCUUGUAUGCCUGUGAAAGUGACUGUCCACGCCUCAUGUGCUCGUGGUGUCCCCGCCAUCCUGGUCCCUCCCUCACCGUGCAGAGUGUGGGACUGCGCAGGGCCGUGCAGGACCUGGAGGUGGCCAUGCAUGUGACGGGCUCUGCAUGGAUAGUACAGUUGUAGAGAUGUCUUCCAGAUAAAUUAUGUGUUGGCACAUAGCACGUGCUCAAUAAAUAUUUUUAAAUAAAUGAA